AUGGCGUCAAUCUUAACUCAUUUCUUAUCCUUUAAUAAUGAUCAGAAACGAUUACAACGAUUUCAUAUACAAGUGGAGAAGUUGAAACAACAAAAAGAAUCGCAGAAAAAUGACAGCUCAUUUGAUGAAAACAAAUUUCUACGACAAUGUGCUGAUUUGUGGAAACAGUUGGAUAAUUACAAGCGCAAGGUGGAAGAAAUGAAAAGUACGAGCGAACAGCAUUACAAAGAAAAUGCACUUAAGGAUUUGGAAACAAUGGCUGAUGAAUUGUCAAAUUUGAUGAUUUCAAACAAAACUACUAUAGAAGAAAACAAAACCCUCGUCAAGAGUAUAAGAGAAGAAGAAAAGAUGCCUUCGAUAGAAGAGAUGAACAAUUCAUUAAAGGAGGAUGUUGUCGAAGUUUCAUCGGAGGAUUCAUCAUCAGAUCCAGAUUAUGAUUCUGAUCAUUCGAUAGUUAAGGAACAGCACAAAAUGAGAGAGAUAAACUUAAAGGAAGAAUUGAAAGAUACAGGAAGCGCACUUAUUGAAGAUGAUCGUUUCAUUGCUGUCGCUAAUUUCGAAGCACAGGAAAAAAAUGAUCUAACAUUGAAGCAAAAUGAUUUAGUGCGAAUUAUUGCUACUCGAGAAGAUGGCUGGUGGCUAGCAGAAAAUGCAAAUGGUGAUCGUGGAUUUGUUCCAAAAACCUUUCUUCUGAAAGUUCACAAAAAAUUGAUUGAAUCUAAAGAAAUAGCAAAUGAGUCUAAUAAACCUUUACCAAUGCCUCGGAAGACUAUUGCCACAAAAAUAAUACAAGCUGGAAAUGCUCGAACAAUCAAAAGUGAAGAAAUUACUGAAAAAACAAAAGCAUCAGAAGGAAAAAAGCACCAGAAUGAAGUAAAUGUUGGAACUGUUGGUGAUAAAAAUGCAUCUGCAGAAAUUUCAAAUAUUGGACAAAUUGUGGAAACUAAAAUUCUUGAAGAAUCGAGUUCUGAUAAUAGCAGAAUUUCAGGACAACAUUUAGAGUUGUCUGAGGCAAAAAUUCUGGGAACUUCUUUACCGAGAUCACUUAAUGAGCCUGUAACUUUACCAAAUUCGCCUGAAAGACAAAAUAAUUACAGUACUCAUUUAACAUAUGAAUGUUAUUUGGCACCACGUCUCAGUAAAUCAAAUUAUGCAUUUCAUGAUAUUUACUGGAAUUAUGAGGAUGAUAGAUUACGAAAAAGAAGAGUGCGAGUUAGUAAAAUGAUCAAAGUGAUAAGUUUGGAUAAAGUGCGUCUGAAUGCAAUCGAUGUACAUUGUCGACUGAUACGAGCGUAUUUGUUCAAUGAAAAGAGCGCAGAGGAAGAAUGUCAAAUAGUGAGUAAUAUUUAUACAAUCAAGGCAUAUCCUCGUACACGUACACGUGACUCACAAACGUGGACUUUCUCUACAGCGAAAGAUAUACAGAAAGCAUCACUUAAUUAUCCGUUAUUCAUCUUACGUUCAAAUUACAAGCAGAAAAGUGUAAUGUUGUGUCUGGAAGCUACUAUUAUAUUCAGCAAUCAUGAGGGUGAAAUGUCUGAAGGAUCACUUGGCUGUGUUGUGUUACCGAUCAUCGAUGAAAAUGGACAUUGUUGCAUUCAAAACAAAAAUUAUACCGCAAAUCUAUUUACGCGCAAUUCUAUUAACAAAGAAGAUGUAGUCCCUGUAAAUACUCAAGUUCAAAUAACUUUUCGUGUAUCGGAUGUGCCCAGUAAUAUCCUUUAUCAAGUUGAUUCUCUGCCAGAUAUUUUUUUAUGUCAUGCAUUAUUUCUACCAAUGUUUUUCUACUAUCGACGUCUAUUAGGCCAAUUUUUGACAAAAGACUCCGAUAAUUGCGAUAGUACAGCGCUUAAAGCUGAACCAUUCCUUGCUACAUUUCCGGCCAUUGCUGACCAACCUGAUAUUAUGGAAAUGUUAUGGCAACUUUGGAAAAUUCAUGAAAAAAAUGUAACAAAUAAGAAGCUUUCUGAGAUGGAGGAAGCAGAACGAUUCCGCUCAUUCUUCCUAACAACUGGAUUUAUACUUCAUCAAACCAUUCCUAUGACGAAAUUUAACUGGACUGAUGCUCGAUGUUUUGCCGAUCGACAAGCAAAGCUUAAUCAUUUCCGGGAACAAUAUUUGCAUAAUUUUGAUGCUAUCAAAUAUCUUAGUAGGCAGCGCUGUCAUCCAAUUAAUGUAUACAGUUGUGCGGUGGAUAUUAUUGGCCCUCAUGCAAUUAGUUGA